AUGAAGAUCUUUGGAUCCAUCUUGGAUGGAUUGGCCAUUUCGCCGUUGUUUUUUCUGCUGAGUCCAGUACCACUGGUACAUGGUCAAGGCCAAGACAGCUGCGAUGGGUAUACGACUACCAUUGUGGCCGAAGACGCUCCCUCGUUGCGAUUAUCGUUUGUGGCCGACAUGAGUAUGAGAGUUUUGCGUGGUCAAGUGGAGUACGAAGGCGCUGGCUGGGUGGGAUUUGGCGUGAAUCCCACGGGUCCCAUCAUGACGGGCGCCCAAGCCGUGGUCGGCCAAGAGUCGGGAAUUGCCCGUUACAAUCUGGGCAUCGUUCCCGAUGUUACUCCCAUUGAAGGAGUCUUUGGCCCAGAAGGCGUUUUUGAAAGUUGGGAAAUGAAUGCUACCCAUGCCGUAUUGACCUUUGGAUGGCCUCUCGAUAAGGGAGAUUUUUCUAUUGAUACAGAAGGAGGCAUUAAUUAUUUUCUGGUGGCCGGGGGAUGGUCGGGAAUUGUGGGACAUCAUGCUGCACGAAGUCCUAUUGCCACCACAGUCGAACCCUGUGUUCCCACCGGUACAAGUAAUAAUGAAGCAGGAGCCGUGGUUGUUCAAGACGCAGUUGUCGAAGAAGCACAAGCACUUUCUGUGGGACAAAAUAUCAUCGUCGAAGGAUACGUCAUGGAUCAGUUCUGUAUCGAUCAGGGAUUUUUCCUCGACACGAAAUUACCCACCCUCACAAGUGCCGAUCUUCACACGUUCCACUGCCUCUUGGAUCCUGCGCAAUGCUACGAAUCCACCUUUGAAAUUCUCACCGAUCCAGAUUAUGCCGCUGGUGAAACGAUGUGGUCUCGCGGAUACACCGUCGAUGAUGACAGCCGCGCUCUUUUGAUUGAGGAAGGACGUCGGAUUGGAAAUUGUGUUACUUGUACGGGAGGAGAAACGGGACAGCUGGCAGGAUUCCGUGUCCGUUUGGAUGCCACCGUUUUGGUCGCAGAGCGAAAUUUGACCUCUGGAGCGGGACCUCUUCUCUCCAUUAAUGCUGUGGAAUCUGUUGGGCAAUAUUCCGUGGGACAAGUCAUUCAAGUGGAAGGAUACAUUAUGGAUCAGUUUUGUAUUGAUCGAGGGUCAUUCGUGGAUACUGGGCUUCCUUCUUUGGCCAAUGCCGACAAACACACCGUCCACUGUCUUGUGGAUCCUCCUCAAUGUUUUGCAUCUCCAUGGGAAGUCCUUAUUGAUCCAGCUUCACCUGAUGGAAACUGGACUCGUGGAUUUACCUUGGACCCUGACAGCAAGCAGAUUUUGGUGGAUUUGGCCAAGCAAGUGGGAGAUUGUACUGACUGUACAGGAGAAGGAUCACUCAAGGAAGGAUUCCGAGCAAUGAUUACAGCUACUGUUGUGGACAACCAACGAAACCUCACAUCGGGAUCUGGUCCUCUCAUUUCGGUCACUGAGGCUGUCCCGAUUCUAUCAGAACGAGAUAGCCUGGCUGUGGGUGAUGUCGUUGAGGUUGAGGGAUACGUGAUGGAUCAGUUCUGUAUUGAUCAAGGUGUCUUCUUGGAUACAGGACUAGCCACUUUGGAAUUUGCGGAUCAACAUACCUUCCACUGCCUGUUGGAUCCUCCACAGUGUGUGGAAUCUACAUUUGUGAUUCUCAUUGACCCAGACUAUGAAGCCGGAGAGACCAUGUGGUCCCCAGGAUACACGUUGGAUAAUGACAGUCGUGCCCUUGUCAUUGCGGAAGGCAGACGUAUUGGAAAUUGUGUCACUUGUACUGGAGGAGAACUGGGGCAGCUUGCUGGCUUUCGAGUGCGUGUAGAUGCCACAGUCGUAGCUACUGCGCGCGACAUGACAUCGGGAUCUGGACCACUGCUCUCUGUUAAUUCCGUGGAAUCCGUUGGACAAUAUUCUGUGGGACAAGUCAUUCAAGUGGAGGGAUAUAUUAUGGACCAGUUCUGUAUCGAUCGAGGUACUUUUGUGGAUACCGGGCUUCCUUCACUGGCCAAUGCCGACAAGCACACGGUCCACUGCUUGGUUGAUCCUCCUCAAUGUGUCGGCUCUCCAUGGGAAGUCCUUAUUGAUCCUGUUGCAGAAGGUGGAAACUGGACUCGUGGAUUCACCUUGGACCCUGACAGCAAACAGAUAUUGGUGGAUCUGGCCAAGCAAGUGGGAGAGUGCACUUUCUGUACGGGGGAAGGGACACUCAAGGAAGGAUUUCGAGCAAUGAUUACAGCCACAAUCGUGGACAACCAACGAAACCUCACAUCGGGAUCUGGUCCUCUUAUUUCUGUCAGCCAGGCAGUGCCAAUCCUAGAGCCAAGGCUGCCUGGUGGAGGCACCUGCGAGCAACCCCCAGUCACUCUCACGUUUGAUGAAAUCCCUGGGGUUACAGUCACCUACGAGCUGGGCGUUGAUGAAGCAACCAACACAGGGACUUUUUCCGCAACUGUUGUUUAUGAAGGCUUGGCAUGGGUUGGUUUUGCCAUCAGUCCCACUGGAAGAAUGCAGGAUUCCAAUGCUGUCAUUGGGAUGCCAGGGGAAGAGGAGAGUGAGACAAACCCAGGAAAGUAUUUCCUUGGUGGCUACACCGCCGAUGGAAUCACCUUGAGUGAACAGCAGACAUUGCUUAGUAAGAGCCUCGAGCAGAACGAUACACACACAGUCCUUUCCUUUACCAAGCUCCUUGAGGAACCUGAUGAAGUGGCCAUCACUCCCAGUGGUGACAACAAUUUCCUUGUGGCAGUUGGAUUGAGCAAUGAAUUUGGCUAUCAUGCGGCCCGUCAUCCAUUCACAGAAAGCAUCACCUGCGGAGGUGGAGCUGUCGAAGUUGCUAAGGACGUCACAACAGUAGAUCAGGAAGCCCCAAUGACAACUGGUGCAGAUGAUGGCCCAGUUGGUUGCAAACCGUUUGUUCAAUCUGUUAGCAUAGCUGGCCUGACUCUGAACUAUGUUGUGGAUCUGGACGAUGACAUGAUGAAUGGAAACUUUUCGGCAGAGCUUAUCUAUGCUGGCCAAGGCUGGGUUGGCUUUGGAAUUAGCCCUGACGGUGCGAUGAUUGGAUCACUUGCGGUCAUUGGCGUACCAGGCCAGCCAGUUGGCCCCUCGAACCCUGGCAAGUACAUUCUGAACGCCAAGUCACCAAGCGGGGCUGAACUGCUUCCCGAUUCCCAGCAGACGAUCAUGGAUGGGAACAUUGUACAAAACGAGACACAUACUGUCAUGACGUUCACGAAGCGGCUUACCGAGCCGGGUGAAAUCGAAAUCAUUGCUGACACCCAGUUCUUGAACAAUUUCUUGGCUGCAGCUGGCAUCGACAACGACUCGCUUGGAUUUCACAUUUCCCGUGGGGCCACUCAGCUUGGUCUUGCGCCAGCCACGGAGUCCUGUGUAGAAUUGCAAGCCGGUGAUGUCAUUGUCGUGGAAGGAUAUGUCAUGGAUCAGUUUUGCAUUGAACAAGGGUUUUUCGUGGAUACAUUACUUCCCUCAUUGGAAUUUGCGGAUCAGCACACCUUCCACUGCCUUUUGGACCCUCCCCAGUGCCUUGAAUCACCCUUUGAGAUCUUGAUUGACCCAGAUUAUACUGAUGGAGAAACUAUGUGGUCUCGCGGAUACACCUUGGAUGAUGCGAGCCGAGCGCUUGUCAUUGAAGAGGGCCGUCGGGUGGGAAAUUGUAAUACCUGCACAGGAGGUGAAAUGGGACAGCUUGCUGGCUUUCGAGUCCGCGUGAAUGCUACCGUUUUGGUGGCUGAGCGAAACUUGACAUCCGGAUCUGGACCACUACUCUCUGUCAAUUCUUUGGAAUCCAUUGGGCAAUAUUCUGUGGGACAAGUCAUUCAAGUGGAGGGAUACAUUAUGGACCAGUUCUGUAUUGAUCGAGGCACCUUCGUGGAUACCGGGCUUCCUUCUUUGGCCAACGCUGAUAUGCACACGGUCCACUGCCUGGUUGAUCCUCCUCAAUGUGUCGGAUCUCCAUGGGAAGUCCUUAUUGAUCCAGUUGUAUUAGGUGGAAAUUGGACUCGUGGAUUCACCUUGGACCCUGACAGCAAGCAGAUUUUGGUGGAUCUGGCCAAGCAAGUGGGGGACUGCACUGACUGUACCGGAGAAGGGACACUCAAGGAAGGAUUCCGAGCAAUGAUAACAGCCACAAUUGUGGACAACCAACGAAACCUCACAUCUGGGUCUGGUCCUCUCAUUUCUGUCACUGAGGCUGUGCCGAUCCUGCCUGGUGGCGGCGGCACCUGCGAGCAACCCCCAGUCACUCUCACCUUUGAUGAAAUCCCCGGUGUUACAGUCACCUACGAGCUGGGUGUCGAUGAAGAAUCUGAAAUGGGAACGUUUUCCGCAACUGUUGUCUAUGAAGGCUUGGCAUGGGUUGGUUUUGCCAUCAGUCCCACUGGAAGAAUGCAGGAUUCCAAUGCUGUCAUUGGGAUGCCAGGGGAAGAGGAGAGUGAGACAAACCCAGGAAAGUAUUUCCUUGGUGGCUACACCGCCGAUGGAAUCACCUUGAGUGAACAGCAGACAUUGCUUAGUAAGAGCCUCGAGCAGAACGAUACACACACAGUCCUUUCCUUUACCAAGCUCCUCGAAGAACCUGAUGAAGUGGCCAUCACCACCAGCGGUGACAACAAUUUCCUUGUGGCAGUUGGAUUGAGCAAUGAAUUUGGCUAUCAUGCGGCCCGUCAUCCAUUCACCGAAAGAAUCACCUGUGGAGGCGGAGCUGUCGACGUUGCAGAGGACGUUGCUACAGUAGAUCAGGAUGCCCCAGUUGCAGAUGAUGGCCCGGUUGAUUGCAGCACGUUUGUUCAAUCUGUUAGCAUAGCUGGCCUGAGUCUGAACUAUGUUGUGAAUCUGGACGAUGACAUGAUGAAUGGAAACUUUUCGGCAGAGCUUAUUUAUGCUGGCCAAGGCUGGGUUGGCUUUGGAAUUAGCCCUGACGGUGCGAUGAUUGGAUCGCUUGCUGUCAUUGGUGUACCAGGCCAGCCAGUCGGCCCCUCGAACCCUGGCAAGUACAUUCUGAACGCCAAGUCACCAGGCGGGGCUGAACUGCUUCCCGAUUCCCAGCAGACGAUCAUGGAUGGGAACAUUGUACAAAACGAGACACAUACUGUCAUGACGUUCACGAAGCGGCUUACGGAGCCGGGUGAAAUCGAAAUCAUUGCUGACACCCAGUUCUUGAACAAUUUCUUGGCUGCAGCUGGCAUCGACAACGACUCGAUUGGAUUUCACAUUUCCCGUGGGGCCACUCAGCUUGGUCUUGCACCCUGCACAGAAACAGGCAUUGCUGAAGCUGCUUCCGUGGAGCAGGAAGAUCGGCCAAAGAUGAGGAAGUCCUUCGCGGCUCACGGUUGGUUGGCCUGCAUAGCCUGGGGAAUUUUAGUUCCAAUUGCCAUUGGAAAUUCUCUUUGCCGUCACCUCAUUCCGGUUCAAGGUCUUUGGUUCGAGAUCCACCGUGCUUUUAAUUCUCUGGCGAUCUUGUUGACUCUUAUUACUUUUGUCAUCGUGGUGAACGCUGUGGAGAAGAGCUCGAGCAACCCUGAUCACUUCCAAUCCACCGAUGGCGCCCUUGGAAAACACAAGACGAUUGGGUUGGUCGUGUUCAUUUUGUCGCUGAUCCAAGGUAUUGGAGGUCUUAUGCGUCCGCACUUGCCAAAGAAGAACGAUGAUGGUACUGAUGCGGAGCCAAAGUCUCCCAUUCGCACCCUCUGGGAGUUUGUGCACAAGGGUAGCGGUUAUGCGAUUUUGGCCAUGGCUUGGUAUCAGUGCCACAGCGGUCUUGUCAAGAACGGUGCCUACUUGGCGCGUUUCCCUCAAGAUGACGACUAUUCAGAUGUUUUCUGGGGUGUGACGGGCGCUAUUUCCGCCAUUGUCUUUGUCGGUGCAUUGACGCGAUUCGCGAUGCCACCUCCAGCAGCCCCACAACAACAUUCCCCCGUUUUUAACGAGGGCGCGGGCCUGGAAGAACCAAAGGCGUAG